AUGGGGACGGCGGCAGGCGAGGCGGCCUACUUCCAGAGGGGCAGUCUGUUCUGGUUCACGGUCAUCGCCCUCUCCAUGGGCUACUACACGUGGGUUGUCUUCUGGCCUCAGAGUAUCCCCUAUCAGAGCCUGGGUCCCCUGGGCCCCUUAACUCAGUACCUGGUGGACCACCAUCACACCCUCAUGCGUAAAGGGUAUUGGCUUGCCUGGCUGAUUCACGUGGGAGAGUCCUUGUAUGCCAUGGUAUUAUGCAAGUAUAAAGGCAUCUCAAAUGGUCGGGCUCAGCUGCUCUGGUUCAUACAGACUUUCCUCUUUGGAAUAGCGUCUCUCUCCAUCUUGAUUGCUUACAGACCAAAGCGCCAAAAGCAAACUUAAAGAAGACAUCUAAAAGCUUUCUCUACACUUUGACAUUCAACCCCAUCUUUUUUUUUUUUGUUGGGGGUGGGGAAUUGUGGUACAGUGUUUACUUGAUCUUUCUACUUUCUAGAAAGUUUCUCUCUUCAAAGCUAUUUAAGGCCGUCUGGUUAUUCAUUGGAAACCCUGGUGCUGCAGUGGUUAAGUGCUAUGGCUGCUAACCAAAAGGUCAGCGUUCA